AUGGCGACACCAUCAGCCAAGCCUGGUGCCACACCAACACAUCUCACUUCCUCACCACACCCAUCCUCCGCACCUCUCUCCCGCUCUAUCGCUCAUAAGUCGCCUACAAAAACCCCAACAGCUUCAGGACCAGGACACACACAUCACAUAAGCGUUUCCUCAUUUCAUCAAUACGCUACACCUCUUGCCGUUUCAAGCGCAGUCGACGACCCUGUCAAUUUCAGCUCUCCCUCCGCACUCCUUGCACUAAGCGGUUACACUGGAAUUGGAAUAAGUCCGUCCCCCGCAGUUCACGAUGCGCUUGUUGGUCCAGGAAUGAAUGUCAACGAUAUUCAGAAUCUCGGUAUGCAGGGACUCAAGCUUGGAGUGGGUCGAGAUGGUGACCAGGAGCAAAAACAUCGAAUCGAGGAAGUGGUGCAGUCUCUCCGUGCGCGCGUUGCCGGGCGAGGUGUGUCUAGAGAGGGGAUUGAGCGACUUGGACGAUUGGAGGGCUUUGAAUCUCUCUGGCAAGACAAUGACAUCAAUAUUGCUGGCAAUUUUGUGGACCUUGAAAUCGAGUUUCAUGCAGGUUAUGAUGUUGUCAAAGAUGUGAGUUUGCGAUAUGCGACGCCCGAGUACACGGAAGGGGAACGAAGAGAGGAAGCGACUGCUGUCUUAAAGCGCAAUCUUGUUCAGUCGACCCAAGACAGUGACACCGGGAACUGGAAAUCUCUCCAAGGGUUCUACGAGAACCUACAAUGGCUUGCAAAACUUGAUAAACUCAGCCAAGAAGUGAAUUGCUUUGAGGCGCUGGAGGGUCUGGAGGAGAACUUUAAGCGCCUAUGGGCAGAAGAAGGCAAAAUUAACAAGUAUGGGGGCGACUACGAACAUCUAUGUUCAGGAAUCAUUGGCCGUCCGAGCAUGCACAAGGGAUCACGAAUUGGACUCGGCUUGGAGUACUGGGUUGACCAGGCUAAGGUCUUGGAUACGAAGCAGUCGCAGAAGUCGCCCGAUGCCAUGGUCAUUGACGGAGAAGAAAAUGACUUGGCAGAUCAAGAACGAACGUGGACCGUUAUGAUUGAGUGUGAGGAGGGGUACCCGUCCCUUCGCAUCUCCAAAGAAUGGGUUAAAAGUGAAGUAUUCACACCCAAUGAAAAGACCGAGUCAUCACCGUCAGUCGAAACUGUCAAAUGGCUUGAUCCUCCGCCGACUAUGCGCAUCUCUCAUGGAAAUCAUCCCGACCCAAUGGCGUUGGAUUCUAGCAUGCUGGAAUCAUCGCCGCCAAAUCGUCGCUUUGUUGCUAGACUAGAACCUCCGCUUGUUGUUCCUUUCCUCACAGCAUCUGAGAUACAUCGCCAUCUCGUAUUACCCGCUCCGAUGUUCAAGUUCUCAUAUGAUUGGCUACUUGUCUCUGAUCCGACAUCGCCUGAUGCUUCACCUCAGCCUAGCCGACGAAAGCGCAGAAUGUCUGUGGAUGCUGUUGAUUCAAAAGGAACGUCUUAUUCUCAGCAACAUAACUACACGUUCCAAGCCUUUGACCAGUCUCCGGGCUACACGAUUCGCGAAUUGCCAUUCUCGCAUCCUCGACAUCUCGCCGACAUUCUCCCGGUGCUCCGACAAUACGCUUUGCUCUCUAGCUUGAUCCGAAAGGUAUUCUUGGUACGUCAGCAGAAGGAAGACGGAUCGAUGUCCCCUAAAUCGACAGCAACGGUGACAGGAACGUCAUCGACGAUAGCAACAGGAACAGCGUUGAGAUCGAUCUCAACGGGCUCCCCGCUUGCACCAGGUUCGAGUCUCUUCGGUGGUCGAAAAGGACCCAUCACUUUCAGCAAUGACGAUCAUAAUGAAGAAAGGCUCAAUAUGCUUCUCAGCAGUGGAAUUUCUGCUUUGGAUGGUUCCAGCGAUAUUCUCAGUGAAAGCUCAAAAUUCAUGGAUGGUAUCAUGGUGGACGUGACAUUACGAACACCCCUGGGACAGGCGCCAGCUCUCAUGCUCUUGAUUACAGACCCAGGCAAAACGGCUGGCAGCGUUGAAAAGUACGUGCGUGAGCUAUUGCAGGUGUCGCUCUCUUUUGAGAUUGGUCUCAAUGGACGUGUCUCAGUAGUGGACAGCUCGGGCCUUGUGAAAGAGACCAAUCAAGACCACUCGGAUACAGAAAUGCAAGGGACUGAUGACAACAAGCCAAGCCUGCAAGAUAUUCACAAGAAGAUUGUUAGGGUGAUUGAGAUCUCACAGGACCUGGGCAUCCUGGUCGAGUGGGUCCUUCGUUCGCUGCGGGAGCGGGCCGACAGCGGUUGA